CCAGGAGGCGAUGAUGCGGUGGAUCUUUCUCGCUUGGGGCGCGCUUCUCACCGAGUCCAGCGCCAGUCCACCAAAUCAUCUGAAAGAGCAUUAUCGUUGAGAAGAACUGAUCCAAACAACAUCAAUAGGUAGAAGAACCAUGACUACCAGCAUUGUCAUCGCUAGCAUCGCACGGACUCCCAUUGCCAAGUUCUGUGGGUCCUUCCAGUCCCUGAAAGCGCCCGAAUUGGGAUCGGUAGCCAUCAAGGGAGCUCUGGCUCGAUUGGGUGACAAUGCCGCCAGUGUGGAAAUUCGUGAAGGCUUCAUUGGCAAUGUGUGCAGUGCUGGAAUUGGUCAAGCUCCUGCUAGACAAGCCAUGAUGGGUGCAGGUCUUCCAGAAUCGACCAUUGCAACCACAGUGAACAAAGUCUGCGCCAGUGGUAUGAAAUCCAUCAUGUUGGGCGCUCAGACCUUGCAAUGCACUGGUUCGGCCAGCCCUGGCUUUGCCAUCCUUGCCGGAGGGAUGGAAAGCAUGAGCAACAUUCCGCAUUAUCUGCCCACUUCGCGGAAAGGGACUACCCUUGGGGAUGCCAAGCUCAUUGAUGGCGUCGUGUUUGACGGUCUCUGGGAUCCCUACAAUAAUCAGCACAUGGGUAUGUGCGGAGAGAAAUGUGCUCAAGACUAUGGCUUUUCCAGGGAAGAUCAGGAUGCGUAUGCCAUUGAGUCUUAUCAACGUGCCCAACGAGCUAUCGAAGAUGGUGUCUUCGAAGAGAUUGUUCCCGUGGAAGUUCCUCAGCGCAGAGGCGCCCCAGUGGUUAUUGACAAGGAUGAGGAGCCAAAUUCAAUCAACUUAGACAAGCUGACAUCUUUGAAACCCGCCUUUGACCGUAGUGACAAGGGAUCUGUGACCGCAGCCAAUGCCAGUCCUCUCAAUGAUGGAGCCUGUGCCAUGGUUUUGAUGACCGAGGAGGAUGCGAUUCAAAAGGGAAUCCAACCAUUGGCCAGGAUUAGAGGGUUUGGAGAUGCCGAGCAAGCGCCUGUGGAUUUUACAACCACUCCGUCGUUGGCAGUUCCGGUUGCUCUAAAGAAUGCGGGUAUGAGUCUGUCUGAUGUUGAAUAUCACGAGAUUAACGAAGCUUUCUCGGUGGUUGCUUUGGCAAACAUGAAACUCAUGGGUGAUUUGGAUCAUUCACGAGUAAAUGUGUUUGGUGGUGCCGUGGCCCUUGGCCAUCCCAUUGGUAUGAGCGGUGCCAGGAUUGUUGGAACUUUGUAUGAUGUGUUGAAGCAAAAGGAUGCCACAAUUGGAUGUGCUUCCAUCUGCAAUGGAGGAGGGGGCGCAUCUGCCAUUGUCAUUGAACGUCUCCAAUGAUGGUGAUCAUAAUCUACGCUCCAGUACGAAGUUGCUUGCCUGUCUCAGCUCAAACAACGAACAGACUUAUCUUCUCCAUUAGACAAAGCUGUCGAAAGCUAACGACAGUACAGGCAGCCUUUUUCUACUACAAACACCUGGCUCUGGCAACAAAAACUGUUCUCUCUAUUGUAGCAGCAAUGUUGAAUGGUUUUUAAAAUCUAGUAGUUAUAUCCCGGUAUCCG